CGUCGCAACAACCGCAGCGAACGAAUACUCGUAGAUCUAAUUGUGAUGCGGUCGUUCGUCCGUUCGUCGCCCGAUACUGUGUUAGUGUUGAUGGAUUCGUAAGAGGAAUUUAUUUGUUAUUUUUAUGAAAAUUUGUGAAAAGUAAUAUAUUAAAUAUAUUAAUAAAUGAAACCAUCGUCACUACAUCACCAAAUAAUAAAUCUUCAUUAAUGAUUCAUAUAUUAAAAACUGAAUCCAUAUGUUGAUAUCAAAGCUGAAAACAGAAUGACUACACUGAACAGUCUUUUUUCAUUUACUAGUCCAGCUGUUAAAAAACUUUUAGGAUGGAAACAAGGAGAUGAAGAAGAAAAAUGGGCUGAGAAGGCAGUAGAUUCAUUAGUUAAAAAACUUAAAAAAAAGAAAGGUGCAAUAGAAGAACUUGAAAAAGCUCUUAGUUGUCCUGGACAACCAAGCAAAUGUGUUACGAUACCACGUUCUCUAGAUGGCCGAUUGCAGGUAAAUUUUAUUGAUAAUUUUAGAAUACUACAUGACAAGAUUGAAACUUAUAAUAAAUUUUAUUAUUUUCAGGUUUCACAUAGGAAAGGUUUGCCACAUGUGAUUUAUUGCAGAGUUUGGCGUUGGCCUGAUCUUCAGAGUCAUCAUGAAUUAAAACCUCUUGAUUGCUGUGAGUUUCCAUUUUCUGCAAAACAAAAAGAAGUCUGUAUUAAUCCGUACCAUUAUAAGAGAGUAGAAAGUCCUGUUUUACCUCCUGUCUUAGUUCCAAGACACAGUGAAUAUCCUCCAGGUCAUCCAAUGUUGUCAAGUUUCCAACCAGUUCCUGAGCCUGCUAUGCCACAUAAUGUUAGUUUUUCUGCACAAGGAUUUACAACACCACCACCAAAUACUCCUAUUGGAAAUACUUUAUCAGCAUCAUCUGGUUUGAGUGUACCUUCUCCAGUUACUAGUUUGAAUAGUAGUGCUCCAAAUAGUCCAUUUGGCUUACCUGCAGAAACACCACCACCAGCAUAUAGUCCAGAUGACAGUCAACCUGGAUCCAAUAGCAGCCAACCACCACAACAACCAAUGGAUACAUCUAGUAUUACUUCUGAUGUGUCUCCAGUGACAUAUCAAGAACCUCAAUAUUGGUGUUCAAUAGCAUAUUAUGAACUUAACUCGAGGGUUGGAGAAGUAUUUCAUGCUCAGAAUCAUAGCAUCAUAAUUGAUGGAUUUACUGAUCCAUCAAAUAAUAAUAACAGGUUUUGCUUAGGUUUAUUGAGCAAUGUAAACAGGAAUUCCACAAUUGAAAAUACCAGACGUCAUAUUGGAAAAGGUGUUCAUCUGUAUUAUGUUGGAGGUGAAGUGUAUGCAGAGUGUCUUAGUGAUAGUGCCAUUUUUGUCCAAAGUCGUAAUUGCAAUCAUUCACAUGGAUUUCAUCCCACAACUGUGUGCAAGAUUCCUCCUGGUUGUAGUUUAAAAAUUUUUAACAAUCAGGAAUUUGCUCAGUUGUUAAGUCAAGCAGUAAACCAUGGAUUUGAAGCAGUAUAUGAAUUAACCAAAAUGUGUACCAUUCGGAUGAGUUUUGUCAAAGGAUGGGGAGCUGAAUACCAUCGCCAAGAUGUCACUUCCACUCCAUGCUGGAUUGAAAUUCAUCUGCACGGUCCAUUACAGUGGUUGGAUAAAGUACUCACACAAAUGGGUUCACCACAUAAUCCUAUCUCAUCUGUAUCGUGACAAAAACUGUUGUGUUGUACAAUCAUUGAUAUUUUAAUGUCUGUCUGUGCUCAGGAAGAUAUUCAUAAAAGUGAAUGUAAAAAUUUAAUCAUAAAGAAGUUACAUUUUUUUACUGAGAUCAGACAAAGAUAUAUAAUCUCAUUCUAAUUUUUUUCUCUCAAAGGUUACAUUUGUACAUGAAUGGUCACAAGAACAUCGCGUUUGAUACAAUUCUUUAGUUGCAGUUCUAUCUUUGUAUCCUAUUUUAGAUGUGGAAAUGUGUUCCUUGUUAAAUAUAUAUAUAUAUAUAAACAUGAAAAUACACAUAAAUAUAACUUGUACAGCAGCUGUUUUAAAAUAUUUCAGAUGUUUAAGCAUUUACUUGGGGAUGAUUUGAAACUAUUACAAUAUUUGCAUUUUUACUUUUUAUUAUUCUUGAUUAUGUUUGAAACUUUAGUUUGAUCAACUGAAUUUUUUCUAAUGACAGUUGCUUUUUCUUAUAUCUGUCAUUAAAAAUACUUUUUUCCACUAUUGUACAGUUACACAUAUAAUUGUAAAGAAUACCAAAUCAUGCUCAUUUCAUUGUGUUGUUCUAGGAUGUUCACACUUGUCUAUAGAAAAUAACAGAGGAAGGAUUGCAUUAUCAAACUGCUUAAAAUAGAUCGAAUAAGUGUAAAGUAGAUCUGAUGUAAGUUAGGUUACUUCAAAUAUUAAUUUCAGUAUUGGUAUUACAUUUAGACAUAUGAAAUAUUUAAAUCUAGUUUAAAGGUUUGUUCUCAUUGUUGUAAAUAUAUAAUGUUCUAUGAAUUGUAUUAUUCGCAAUGUAUGAUUAUGUAUUGAGUUAAAUUGCGCUCUCUGUGAUUUAUAGAAUACUGUCACUUUAUACAGUAACAAUCAUAGUUUAAUUCUUUUACAUCAGAAGUGCUAAUAUAAAUAUAUUAUGUUAUAAACUUUACUGAAUGGGAUAAUAUUCAGAAUAGUAAUAAUUUAGUUUUGUAUUUCAGAUAGUUUAUUAUGACACAUAGAUGUACUGUAUCCAUCCAUUUAAAAUCAAAAUCAGUAUAUAUACAUAUAUUUUAAAAUUUUUCUAGCAGAAAAUAAAAUAAUUGAAUAUCUUUUUAAAUAUAUAUAUAAUUUGGUGUGAAGAAAUUUUAUUUUAUAUAAUUGCUUUAUUGCAUAAAUGAUAAAAUUUCAGUACAGUGUAUUGCUAGCUUUAUAAGAUAUUUAUGGAAUACGGUUUUAAUGUACAGUAUUUAAAAAUUCCUUUAACAGAAUGAAACUUGGUAAAUAAUUACACUACUAUAUAAGAAAAAAAUAUUCAACUUUUAGAUGUGCAUUGUAUUAUUUUGAUUCUAAAGUUUCUUAAAUUGAUGAAUUGUGACGAUUACAAUAAUUAUGUAAAAUUUAUAUUCACCUGGACAAAAAAAAAAAAACAGAAUAUGUUUCUUUUUCUGAUACUUUGCUCAUGUACAAAAAAGGGAUUAUGUUUUAUAUUUUUUUAAUCAUAAAACCGGGGUGAAAAUGUAAUAGAUAUAUGCAGAACAUUUAAUGUAAAUAAAUAUCAUCAGUGUCUACAUUUUAUCAUUAAUUAAAAUGAUGAAUCAUCAUGUAGAUUUGCACUAUACAAUAUAUUAAAUGUGAAAUAUAAACAAAAAAGUUGUAAAAUGGAAGAGUGAAGACAAAAGUUAACAAUGGAAAAAGAUGCUUUAUUCUUAUGAGUUUUAAUUUUAAAAUAUAUUGAACAUUGCCUUACUUGUCUGAAUCUCACUUUAUUUGCAUCAAAAAUUAAAGAACAAUGUUUAAUCA